AUGAUCCGAAGAGAGAGCAAGAGGAAAUCGCGAGCAGAAGCCCACAACCCAACAGAUGCUGGCACCACCCUGGGUGCCGGCAAGAUGCACCAGCGGAAGAGCCGACGCCGGAUGACCUGUCCGAACCCCAGGGAAAUCAAUCAAGCAUUGGCUUCCAUCACCCAGGGAGAACUGAACCACUCCUGCACGCUAGAUGACUUGAUUGAGAAAUGCCUUCGCUCCUUUGAUUUGGAUGGCAACCUGUGUAUCAGUGAUUUCAUGGUAAACAUGAUAUUAACAGUCCACAGCUGGGUUGUGCCAUCGGCGGAGUUGGCCCGCCGCCUCUUGACUUUAUAUCAGGAAGCGGCCCUGGAGAAGCGGCCGGAACGCCAGCUCAGGAUCUGCCACUUUAUCCGGUACUGGCUCCUCCACUACCCUGAGGCCUUCCGCGUGGACCUGCACUUGGAGGAGGCCAUCGCCGAGAUUUGGGAGGUGGUGAAGAAGGAGGGCCUGGAGGGGCACUGCCAGCUGCUUGAUAUCUCCAGCACGUGAGUGUCGGCUUCCCAGCUGUGGAAUCGAACCCUGUAAUGCAGCGGCAGUCCCAGCUGUGGCAAGAAGCGGAAGGUGUCGCUGCUUUUCGAUCACCUCGACGCAGGCGAGCUGGCCAACCACCUCAGUUACCUGGAGUUCAAGGCCUUCUGCCGCAUCUCGUACCUGGACUUCCAGAGUUAUGUUUUGCAUGGCUCGGUUCACGGCAGCCCAGCCCUGGAGCGUUCCAUUGCCCUGUGCAACAGCAUCUCCCAGUGGGUACAAGUCAUGAUCCUCAGCCGGCCGACGACCCAACAGCGAGCUGAAGUCUUCACCAAGUUCAUCCACGUUACUCAGAAAUUAAGAUUGUUGCAGAAUUUCAGCACCCUCAUGGCCGUGGUGGGGGGUCUCUGUCACACUGCUAUUUCCCGCCUCAAGGAAACCCACACUCUCUUGCCUUCUGAGGUCACCAAGACGCUGUCUGAGAUGACAGAGCUGCUCUCAUCAUGUGGAAAUUACGGGGCCUAUCGACGGGCAUACGCUGAUUGCAACGGAUUCAAGGUCCCCAUUGUGGGUGUCCACCUCAAGGAUCUGGUCUCUUUGCACGAGGCCUUGCCAGACCGUGUGGAUGGCGGGCGACUCAAUUUAAGCAAACUGCAGAGUUUGUAUGAGCCGGCGCGGGAGCUACGGAUGCUGCAGCAGGCUGAACACCCCUUCCAAGCCAACAAGGACCUGGUGCAUCUGCUCACUCUCUCCCUAGACCUCUACUACACAGAUGAGGAAAUCUACACACUCUCGUAUGCUCGUGAGCCCCGCUGCCCUAAAUCCCUGCCCCACACACCAUUCAAGCCUCCUGUGGUAAUGGAGUGGGCACCCAGGGUGGCCCCCAAGCCAGACCGGACCACCAUCAGGAAGCACGUCCAGCAAAUGGUCGAGUCUGUGUUCAAGAACUAUGAUCCUGAACAACGGGGUUACAUCUCCGAAGAGGAUUUCGAAACCAUCUCCACGAGUUUCCCCUUCUCCUUCUACGGGCUGGAAAGAGAUCGUGAGGGACCGUGGAGCCUGGAAGAACUCCUGGAGUACUUCAUGCGGGCCUGUGCCAUCUUCUCCAAACUCGGCCUGGGCUUCCUACACAACUUCCAUGAGACCACCUUCAAGAAGCCCACCUUCUGCCACAGCUGCAGUGGUUUUCUCUGGGGAGUCUCCAAGCAAGGAUACCGGUGUCGGGACUGCGGCAUGGUCUGCCACAAACAGUGCAAGGACCAGGUAGGGGUGGAAUGCCGGAAGCGCUUCCACUCCUGCACUUCGGAGAGCAGCACGCCUCGGGCAGCCACGUUGGCCCCCAGCCUGCACCUGAGCUCCGGUUCAGAGGAAGAAGCCUUUCCCUUCCCCCCUAUGGGAAAGGUGCGGAACAAAAGCCACAGAAGCCUGUCAGCAAGCACCCUGGGCAGCCGGCCGAGGAAACACGCCUGCACCCAAACAGAGGGCAAGCAGUUGGAGCCCCACGACGGAGCCAGGGGUCCUAGCAAGAUGCAGAAGCAGCUCCUGGAACAGCUGAAGGAGCUGGAAGAGGAACGAGACCAGCUGCUGCUUGCCAACCAGGAACUCCAACGCCACAACUCAGAGCUGGAGGCGGAGAACAGGCGACUCCAGAGCACGGCCCAUGCUGCCCACAGCGAGCCCUCUGUCACCCUCCUCCUGGAAGGGAUGGACCGCCUGCAGCUCCCACGAGCAUCCAAGGCCUAG